AUGCCUACCACUUUGCGUCUUCACGGCUACGAAGCCACCGAUAUCCAUCGCUAUAUUGAACUUUUGAUUCACAAUCUUGUGAACAUCAAAGAUACUACGGGUCGCUUCCUACUCAAGCUCGAUGAUGGCCGAAUCAUUGAUACAAAAGGUUGGAACGAUUGGGAAUGGACCCAUGGUAUCGGUCUUUAUGGCCUGUAUCAAUACCAUGCCUUGACUGGUUCCGCGUCCGCCUUGUCAACAAUCCAACAGUGGUUCCAAGGUCGCCUUGCGGAAGGAACGACGAAAAAUAUCAACACAAUGUCUCCCUUCCUGACCUUGGCGUACCUAUACGAGAAGAGUCGCGAUUCCACCCACGAAGCCUGGCUUGACUCCUGGGCCGAGUGGGCAAUGUACGAUCUACCGCGUACACCCUACGGCGGAUUGCAACAUAUGACCUACGCAAGCGACAACCACUACGAGCUCUGGGACGACACCUUAAUGAUGACUGUCAUGCCUCUUGCAAAGAUUGGUCUUCUGCUCAAUCGUCCUCACUACGUCGAGGAAGCCAAGCGUCAGUUCAUGCUCCACAUCAAAUACCUCUUCGACACAAAGACCGGUCUCUUCUUCCACGGCUGGAAGUUCGACGAAAGUAGUCCAGGAGGCGUAGGACACAACUUUGCAGAGGCAAGAUGGGCAAGAGGAAACAGCUGGGUCACAAUUGUCAUUCCUGACUUCAUCGAGUUAUUGAACUUGCCCAAGGAUGAUGCAUUGAGGGUCCAUCUGAUUGAUACCUUGGAAGCUCAAUGCAAAGCGCUGGCCAAACUUCAGGCUGAGAAUGGUAUGUGGCGCACGUUGCUUGACGUCCCUACAAGUGAAGGCAGCUACGAAGAAGCUUCUGCGACAGCCGGCUUUGCCUAUGGUAUCAUGAAAGCUGUACGAAAGCGAUACAUCGGUAAAGAGUAUGAGGCAGUUGCGCUUAAAGCUGUAAAGGCCGUUAUCGGAAGCAUAAGUGAAGAUGGAGAGCUUCAAAACACCAGCUUCGGCACGGGCAUGGGUAGCGACCUGCAACACUACAAGGACAUUCCGAUCACCAGUAUGCCUUACGGUCAAGCGAUGGCUAUGAUGAUGCUUGGUGAGUUCUUGAGGGUAUUUGUCUAG